AUGGAGGAUCUGUACAGCAUCCACCCGGGGAUCUCGCGGGUCGGCGGCGCGGCGAGCGAGGCGUCCGUCGCCGGCGUCGGCGUGGGCGGCCCCUCGCCGUCGGAUCUGACGGAGCUCAUGAAGGCGCAGAUCUCCAGCCACCCUCGCUACCCCUCCCUCCUCUCCGCCUACAUCGAGUGCCGCAAGGUGGGAGCGCCUCCGCAGGUGGCGUCGCUGCUGGAGGAGGUCAGCCGGGAGAGGCGCCCCGGUGACGGCGCCGGGGAGAUCGGCGUCGAUCCCGAGCUCGACGAGUUCAUGGACUCCUACUGCCGGGUGCUGGUGCGCUACAAGGAGGAGCUGUCGCGGCCGUUCGACGAGGCCGCGUCGUUCCUGAGCAGCAUCCAGGCGCAGCUCAGCAACCUCUGCAGCGGCGUCAGCUCGCCGGCGGCGACCACCACGCACUCCGAUGACAUGAUGGGGUCGUCUGAGGAUGAGCAAUGCUCAGGGGACACUGAUGUGGCAGACAUAGGGCAAGAACAUAGCUCUCGCUUAGCUGACCACGAACUCAAGGAAAUGCUUCUUAAGAAGUACAGUGGAUGCCUCAGCCGUCUUCGUUCGGAGUUCCUGAAGAAGCGGAAGAAAGGGAAGCUACCGAAGGAUGCACGGACAGUAUUACUAGAGUGGUGGAAUGCGCACUACCGCUGGCCUUAUCCUACGGAGGAAGAUAAGGUGAGGCUUGCAGCGAUGACCGGUCUCGACCCAAAGCAGAUCAACAAUUGGUUCAUUAACCAGAGGAAGAGGCAUUGGAAGCCAUCGGAGGACAUGCGGUUCGCGCUCAUGGAGGGUGUUGCUGGUGGAUCUUCUGGAACGACACUCUACUUCGAUACAGGCACAAUUGGACCCUGA